AGUGCGCAGCCUCACAACUCCUGUCCCUAUGCGUGACAUCUGAGGGACUAUUGACUGCUGUGUCAAAACUAGGCUGUUGUGAGCGCGCACGAGAGGCUGAGAGGUACUUGUCCCCACGGGGCCACCGUCUAGGGCCAGCUUCCGGCUUGCUGACAAACGCCCACACGCGACUGCGUACGCGAGACGUAUGGUGGGCUGUCCAAGCCGAGCGGUGACGUCUAUUGGCUGUGCGCGACACAGGGCGGGGACAGACGUCCGGGUAACGUCAUCACGCCGCGGUCAGGACGUUCGAGCCCCAGACUAGAGCCAGCCGGUGACUGAGCGCUGUCUUGGUUGUCUUGAAGCUGCCUUGGGCCGCCGGUAACGAGUCCCGGGAGCGAGCGGUCCUAACAUUGAAAAAGCAGCCUGGCUCCCGAGGUCUACUCCCUACACCCCAAGGUCCAGAUGGCGGCCAAUGUGGGUGAUCAGCGUGCUGCAGACUGGUCUUCUCAGUACAGCAUGGUGACUGGGAGCAGCAGAGAAAAUGGCAUGGAGACUCCUAUGCACGAGAACCCAGAAUGGGAGAAGGCCCGCCAGGCCCUGGCCAGCAUCAGCAAAGCAGGGGCUACCAGCAGUUCCAAAGCCAGCAGCAGUGGGCCUGUGGCCAGUGCACAAUACGUCUCUCAGGCAGAAGCCUCUGCUUUGCAGCAGCAGCAGCAACAGUACUACCAGUGGUACCAGCAGUACAACUAUGCCUAUCCGUAUAGCUACUACUACCCCAUGAGCAUGUACCAGAGCUAUGGCUCCCCCUCCCAGUAUGGGAUGGCCAGCUCCUACGGCUCAGCUACAGCCCAGCAGCCAUCGGCUCCCCAGCACCAAGGGACUCUGAACCAGCCUCCAGUCCCUGGCAUGGAUGAGAGUAUGGCCUACCAGGCUUCCCCUCAGCAGCUACCUGCAGCCCAGCCCCCUCAGCCCUCAAACUCACAACAUGGGACACAUAGUCUAAGCAACGGCCCUCAGCCUGGAACAGCCCCAACCACUCAGCACAGUCAGGCAGGGGCUCCUACAGGGCAGGCAUAUGGGCCACACAGCUACAGCGAACCUGCCAAACCUAAGAAGGGUCAGCAGUUAUGGACCCGCAUGAAACCAGCCCCUGGGACUGGGGGUCUAAAAUUUAACAUCCAGAAGCGGCCCUUUGCUGUCACCAACCAGAGCUUCAGCUCCAAUUCAGAGGGUCAACACAGCAGCUUUGGGCCCCAGCCCAACUCUGAGAAAACUCAGAACCACAGUGGACCUUCUGGCCGGGGAAACCUGUCUGGGAAGCCAGAUGAUUGGCCUCAGGAUAUGAAGGAAUAUGUGGAACGGUGUUUCACCGCCUGCGAGUCAGAAGAGGACAAGGACCGGACAGAGAAACUGCUCAAGGAGGUGCUACAGGCCCGGCUCCAGGAUGGCUCUGCCUACACCAUUGACUGGAGCCGAGAGCCUCUGCCUGGACAAUCUUGGGCUUGGUCCCUUUCCUGCACCACAGUGGCUGAGUUGCCGGGGCUGACCAGGGAGCCUGUGGCUGAGAGCCCCAAGAAGAAGCGGUGGGAGGCCCCUAGCAGCCUUCACCCUUCCAGGGGGGCAGGCUCGGUGACCAGGGGCGGGGGUGCCCAAUCCCAGCGAGGGACACCUGGGGCUGGGGGUGCUGGCCGAGCUCGGGGUAGCAGCUUCGCCAAGUUCGGCAACCGCAACGUCUUCAUGAAGGACAACAGCUCUUCCUCCAGCACGGAUUCACGCUCCCGCUCCUCAUCCAGGUCUCCUACGAGACACUUUCGGAGAAGUGACUCCCAUUCAGACUCUGACAGCUCCUACUCAGGGAAUGAGUGCCACCCUGUAGGCCGCAGGAACCCACCCCCCAAGGGUCGGGGUGGUCGAGGGGCCCACAUGGAUCGUGGUCGGGGCAGGGCGCAGCGGGGAAAGAGACAUGACCUAGCUCCCACCAAACGUAGCCGCAAGAAGAUGGCAGCACUGGAGUGUGAGGACCCAGAGCGUGAGCUUAAGAAGCAAAAGAGGGCAGCCCGCUUCCAACAUGGGCACUCCCGUCGCCUGCGCCUUGAACCUUUGGUGCUACAGAUGAGUAACCUGGAGAGCAGUGCAGCUGACCCUGACUGGCAGGAGCUGCAGAUUGUGGGCACCUGUCCUGACAUUACAAAGCACUAUCUGCGGCUCACCUGCGCCCCAGACCCGUCAACUGUGCGACCUGUGGCUGUUUUGAAGAAGUCUCUGUGCAUGGUCAAGUCCCACUGGAAGGAGAAGCAGGACUAUGCCUUUGCCUGUGAGCAGAUGAAGUCCAUUCGGCAGGACCUGACAGUGCAAGGCAUCCGGACGGAGUUCACUGUGGAGGUGUAUGAGACCCAUGCCCGCAUUGCCUUGGAGAAGGGUGACCAUGAAGAAUUCAACCAGUGCCAAACACAGCUUAAGUCACUAUACGCGGAAAACUUAGCAGGCAAUGUGGGUGAAUUUACUGCAUACCGAAUCCUCUACUACAUCUUCACCAAGAACUCUGGAGACAUCACUACGGAGCUGGCAUACCUCACAAGGGAGAUGAAGGCAGACCCCUGCGUGGCCCACGCAUUGGCACUGAGGGCAGCCUGGGCCCUGGGCAACUACCACCGCUUCUUCAGGCUCUAUUGCCAUGCACCUUGCAUGUCUGGCUACCUUGUGGACAAGUUUGCAGACCGGGAGCGCAAGGCCGCCCUCAAGGCCAUGAUCAAAACGUAUGUGGCACUGCACUCUGCUGCCUUCUGUGCCGUGGCUCUGCCACGUCCCCUCCACAUCCUGGUCAGCCUUCAGCUCCUCUGCUGGAGUCCCCUCCCAGUCCCCAUUCAUACCCCUAGCCCUCAUUGCUUUCCUCAUCGGCCACCUGCAGUUGCAGGUUUCCUCCCACGGUUCUGACCUCACCAUUCCUGGUAUCAUGUCCUUUCCCUCCCUGCACUCCUUUUCUGUUCACAUCAGUUUGGAACCUGGCUUAUCUCCCCCCUUUUCAGGGCCUUUGCUUGCAGCUACGUGCUGCUCUUCUUCCUGACAUACUAGAAAGGGUGACUUGAUUCAUAUUGCUUGCAGUCUCUUGAGAUGAGACCUUGUGCCCGUUCCAUUUUUGACUAUCAGAAGUUUUGGAUUGGGAACCUGUGGUACCAAUUGGGCAUCAGACUGCUUGAGGCUUGCCCAUAUGAGGAAGAUUCCCAACACCACCACAACCGCGGCCCCAGAUUUUGCUUGUGGAUGCUGCUGCCAUCUAGUGGUAGUGGUAGAGACCAGGAAUGCUGUGCAGCAAAAGGCCCCACAGCAGUGUGUGCCAAGGUUAAAAAUGGUGGUCAAGAGCUCUGUCAAUAGUCUCGAGGAGCCUUGAAUGUCAGGCUGCACAGCCGUGGUUUGUCAUUAGUGGUUCUAUUAUAGUGGGAUUUGCAACUUAUGGGUCAAGAAACUUGUUUGAGAAUUUUCUAAGUCAGUCCAACUCAAGGGAGGUGGGGCUGUGACUCCAGAUUUGACUAGGUAAAAUGGAUGGACAUGAGGCUACUCAGCCUUUUGUAAUCCAGAAAGCCACACGGGCAGCUUUCAAGCUCUGGCCUGUGCUGGCCUCACUCUAACAUCACCUUUCCUGUGAACUGAGCACAGCAGACAGAUCCCUCAGAUAUCAGAGGCAGGCUGUCCUGUCCCAGGGCCAUAGGAUGUGUGGGUUCCAGAUACUUGGUGAGGCUUUCUAAGUGGUUAAAGUGGUCUUCAGGAGAGGGUCCUGAGCAUUAGCGGCCCAUGUACACUGUCAGGGCAUCUGAGUAACAACCAGAGACACUGCUGAGUGUAACACUCUGUGUAAACAUCCGGGGGAGGGGCGCCGUCGUCCUACCCUCUGAGCCCAUGUACCACUUCCUCUGUCUGGCUCCAGCUCCUCAGUCAGCAGAGGAGCCAAGCUGGGCCCUUUCCCUCCUGCCCCCUCCUUCCUGAACAGGUAAGUGUGGGCGAGGGGGGGCACAGCUGGGCACUGGGGCUACCAACCCCAUCCCUUGCCCCCCCAAGCUCCUGAAAAUGGGGAGGUCGGGAGGGGCUGCAGAAGCCAGCAGGUUCCUUGCUGAGGAAAAUACAAGCCCAGAUGGGGAGCACUGCUCCCUGCUCUUGGGCCCUCCCUUGUCUGUUUGCCUCAUCAUUUUCUCCUCUUGUCUCCAUAGCUUCCGCCCUGCGCUGCCCGUCUCCUACCUGCAGGCCGAGUUGGCCUUCGAGGGCGAGGCCGCCUGCCGGGCCUUCCUAGAGCCCUUGGGCCUGUCCUACACGGGCCCGGACAACUCCAGCGUGGACUGCCGCCUCAGCCUGGCGCAGCUGCCAGCCUUCUAAGCACCCAUCGAGCACGGGCGGGAGCAGGGCUGUGGCCCAGCGCCGCCUUUUCAAAUUUUUUGAGCCAUGGACAUGGGUUGUAAAAAUUUGUGGGGAGUAGGCUCCAGGAAGAGCCAGCAUCCCUGCCCCCGUUUCCCACCGGGGACCUGUACAGAGAUUUUUCUACAUUUUUAUUUUUUGUCUCAGAGGGGAUAAUUGGGAGUAUAUAGUGGAGCAGGGUGGGGUGGGGGCGACAGGCUCUGUGUCCACCUCUCACCUCCACUAAUGCUGUCUCAGUGUUUUUUCUCUCUCUCUCUCGAGCUCGUAGUCCAGCACCUGAUUCUGCGUGUUGGCCCAUCCCAUGCUGGGGGGCCAGCAGAAAGAAGACAGGCUGUCCAGCCCGCACCCGCCUGCAGUGGGGCACCAGCCAGCCACACCCAUUGCCUCGUCUGCCUCUUCAUAGACUCUUGCUGCCCAGCCAUUGGGGCCUCAGUGUUUGGGGUGAGGGAAGCCACUUAAAGACUAUGCCCCACCUUCAGCUCCUCACCCCAGAAACUCCAGCCAGCACCACCGACACAACCAGACCAGCGCCACACCACUGAGGACUCCAAGGCCUUCGCGGGACCAUGCCGGCCGGGCUGCCUCGUCUUACUCAAGUUGUAUUAAGUUGUCUCCGUGUCCCUUCCUCCCUCUGCCCCAAUGUUUCUUCUGAUUUUUUUUUUUUCUUUCCCUCCUUCCUCUUCCCUUCCCACUCCCUGGUUCAACACAGGUAAAAUGGUUACCCUCCCUUCUUUCCUCCCCUCUGCCUUCAUGGAUCACCAACUCACGUCAUGUUUCCUUCUCUUUUCUCUGUGUGUGUGUUUAUUUAAGUUACUUUUCUUCCUUCUCCCCUUUUCUUUUUACCCCUCCCCCUUCUGCCAUGUAACCGGAGGAUGUGCUAUGAGGUUGCAAACAGCUGGACUGUCAGGCUGCUUUUUUUCCAGAUGCCUCCCUGCCUCCCCUCCCUACCUCUCCCCUCCCUUUCCUUCAUUCUCCUUGAGCAUUGAGUACAGUACAUUUUGGAAGCUUGAAACCAAAAUUAAAGAGAGAGAGCGAGAA